GUGCGUCACGGGAGGCCUGGCAGCUGGCGGCUUUGAGGUGGACGCAUCUAGAGGGCCGUCGGAACGCGGAGUGGGGACCUGCUUUGGGGGCAUGAGCCGAGGGAACGACGCCGGGGUCACAAGUAUUUCAUAGAGAUUGAUGGAAGCAGAAACCAAAACUCUUCCCCUGGAGAAUGCAUCCAUCCUUUCAGAGGGUUCCCUACAGGAAGGGCACCGGUUAUGGAUUGGCAACCUGGACCCCAAAAUCACAGAAUACCAUCUCCUCAAGCUCCUGCAGAAGUUUGGCACAGUGAAGCAGUUUGACUUCCUCUUCCACAAGUCAGGUGCCUUGGAGGGACAGCCUCGCGGGUACUGUUUCGUUAACUUUGAAACUAAGCAGGAAGCAGAACAAGCCAUCCAGUGUCUCAAUGGCAAGCUGGCUCUGUCCAAGAAGCUGGUGGUGCGAUGGGCUCACGCUCAAGUGAAGAGGUACGACCAUAACAAGAAUGAUAAGAUCCUUCCAAUUAGUCUGGAGCCGUCCUCAAGCACUGAGCCGACUCAGUCUAACCUAAGCGUCACUGCCAAGAUAAAAGCCAUUGAAGCAAAGCUGAAAAUGAUGGCGGAAAAUCCUGAUGCAGAGUAUCCAGCAGCGCCUGUUUAUUCCUACUUCAAGCCACCAGACAAAAAAAGGACUACUCCUUACUCUAGAACAGCCUGGAAGUCCCGAAGAUGAUGUUUAUGAAUUCCCGUAACAGCAGAAGCAAAUUGGUCUCCACACCUGAAAUCCUCUGCCUUUGUACUUUGUCGAUGUGAAUGGUACUAUCCAGCAGAGCACAAUCACAUGUUAAGAGUUUGGUCACAUGACAUUUUUGGAUGUUCUUAUGGAUGUUUCUUCCCUGAAGUAUGUGUGGAAUUGAGCAUCAUCCAGAAUAAAUAGGAUUGUAUCCAAAACUGUGAUCUGAACACUGGGAUGCUCUAGUUGGCUGGUUUGUUUGGAUUUGUAACUCUAGAAACAUCAUAUAGUGUGCCAGAGAGAAAGGCAAACAUAAAACUGUUGUUAUUUAAAUCAGGAAACUUAAUUUAUUAAUAUCCAUCUUAAAAAAAAAAAAUUUUUCUGUGCUCAACUCUCUUUACAACAUAAAGAAAAAGUAAAAGACAGGGAGGGAAGUGAGAGAUUUUGAAUCAUGUUCAGAACUGUUGUUCCAAAAUUUUCAAUGGAAGUCCCUCCAACUGGACUAAAAAGAAAAAAGUUCUUGGCAAAAAGAGCUGGUUCUUUGAGCAAAUGUUGUGGUAAUCUGUUUGAGAAUUAUGCUUAUUGUUUCAAAAAUCCCAAUUAGGGAAACAUGGUGUAUAUCUUAAAAUCAUUUGCGUCGACAAAACUGUAGACUGAAAUUUAGCAUUUUAUACCACAACAGGAGUUCUGUUUGGAAAUCCAACUUUUAUUCUGUCUGAUCAUUUUUUUUAAAUCUAAAUAAUCCUGCCUUCUAUAAUACCAAAUGUCAUUGUUAAUGUGGGGCUUUUAAAAUUGCAUUUAUUGCAUGAGAUUGUUUUUAAUAGCAUGAGAAUGUUCUAUUUGGAAUUGUAUCAUGGUUAAUCUAAAUAGAAAAGCAAAUUUUCUUUGAAAACUUAAACAUUGCUAUAUUGAUCUCUGUCAAACAUAUUAUUUAUUAAUAAGUGUGUAGGGGUCUGAGUAGAAGAAAUUGAAUUGUCUUGUCAGGGGUGAGGUGGGGACGUGCGUGGACACAGAAAACCAAUGGAGCAGGCACUGCUCUGGCACCAAGACUAUAGUGACUUCAUGCUUUUUGUAGUUUUUAAAAGCUUGGGAGACUGCAUGACUUUAAGACAAUUCUUCAUUUGUAGAACAUAUUUCUCCCCAGGUUCUUUUUUUUUUUUUUUUUUUUUGCCACUUUGAGCAUUUUAAAUAGAACAAUAGAGAAAUAAAAAUAAAUCAACAGAUUUGGGAGUAUGCUUCUGUCAGGAGUCUCGGUCCUCUUGGUGCCAGGUUGAUGGACUGUUUCACUGGGCAGCACCAUUGCUGCUUUACCAGGUAAAUCACUGUAUUACCCACGGUGUCACUCGUAGUGAUUACAGGCUGUCUACCGUCAUUGUUCCUAGCGAGAGGAAGCUUCAUUAUAGGAACUUGUCAUCCUAUGAGCAUACAUGAAUUUAAGACACUUGAACCAAAACUUUAACAUAAUGAGGUUUCAGAAUUCACAGAACUGGGUCAGAGAAAUUCUUACCACCUUUCCCAAGCAGAAUUUUUCAGGUAUCUUUAAAAGGUGAAUACUUUCUGUAUUUGUUAGCUCUAAGAUGCAAGUAACUCUCCUUCCACCUGGGGGAUAGUUCAGGGAGGUGGAAGCAUCUCAUUUUUCUGGUGACUUCUUAGAGCAUACAAUUCACCAUCUUAUCCUGAAGUCCUCAAAGGGUUAUUGUGGAGUAGGACUGACUUAAUGCAAAAUAAUCUAUUUUUAAUAGGAACUUAGAAAAUAUCUGGAGUUGUUUCCUUUAGAAACCAGAACUAUUUAUUUGUAUUUAAAGCAGUGUUUAUUAUUUGUACCAGUUCUUAUUCCUCUGUGUGAAUAAAUGCAAGACAGUGUC